CUUGUCCAAACAUUAGGAGUAAAUAAUCAGUUUGUAUCGAUACUGCAGAUGCCAGUCCCCGUGCGGCUGUCUGGUGCGUACCGCGCUAAGGGAGCGUCUUUAAAGAUAUGUGCUAGGAAAUAAACGUCGAAGUGCGCAAGUAGUGCUCCUAGUGUUUCUGACCAAAUGACCAAACAACCAACCAAACUCAUAUAGUUCAGUCUACCGUGAAGUCGGAGGGAUGCCUGCAGCAGAGAGCAAACACGCACAGCGCAUCCUCUCCUCCCUGAACGAGCAGAGGGCAGUAGGCAGGUUCUGUGAUGCAGUGCUGAAUGUGGGAGGUGGAGUGGUCUACCUCGCCCAUCGCAACAUCCUCGCCUGCUUCAGCGAGCUCCUCCAGCAGUCCAGCGUGACCUCUGCCCCUUGCAUGGAGUUCUGCCUGCAAGGAUGCCCCAACGACGGCCUGGAGCUGCUCCUGAACUUCAUCUACACUGGAGAACUGAAGCUGGAGCCUGACAACCUGGACAAGGUGCAGCACGCGGCGAGCAGCCUGUGCGUGCCCGAAGCUCUCGCACUCUGUCAGCAGUUCAGGGAAACCUCCGUGGACGCUGUGCCCGCGAAGCGUAAAAGAGGGAGACCUAGGAAGUCAGAGGCAGCUGUAGUUAAAGAGGAGAGCUUGCUCGCUGUCACAAAAAAUGAGUCCAGUUUUGAUCCUGCCGCUGGCUCUUUGACCACAGCUACUAACACCACCACCACCACCACCACCACAACCACGCGCUCUGGCCGAGUGGUGAAGGGCCCCAGGAGACUGGUCACUAUUGACGAGAGCCACAUCUCUGACAGCAAGGAGGCCGCAAAUGUUCUGGAGAAAGAAAGCGGUGAAGUCAGUGUGGAGGACCAAAACCCAGAUCUGCAAGUUGAGGUACCAGAGCUGCAUAUAGACAUAAACAACAGUGGUGCCAGCCAGGUGGCCGGAGAAGAAGCUGCAGAAGAAGAAGACGUGGGCGACUUUGAGGGGAUCACUGAAGACACCGAUGAGGAGUAUGUGCCCACCGCGGAGCCAGCAUCACCGCCAGCAUCCACUUCGUCGACACAGAAGCGCAAGGCCCAGGCUAAAACAAACAAGAACAUGAAGGGUGAGGCUGCGGAGGAAGACCCCAAGAACGACUCGGUGCAGUGUCCCAUCUGCAACAAAUCCUUCAAGAGCAAAUACUACCUCAAAGUCCACAACAGGCGGCACACAGGGGAGAGGCCGUUCGGUUGCCUUAAAUGUGGGAAGAGGUACUUCAGGAAGGAGAACCUUUUGGUGCAUGAGGUCAGAGACUGCACAAGAGUACAGACGUACGCCUGCCCGACGUGCUCCUCCACCUUUACUACGAAGGAAGAGCUGCGUAUGCACGUUGUGUCCCACACAGGGGACAUGCCUCACAAGUGUUCAACGUGUCCUGAGCAGUUCAUGUACAAGAAGAACUUGACAAUCCACAUGAUGAAGGUUCAUGGUUAUCCGAAGCCUCAUGCAUGUCCACAGUGCCCGAAGACCUUCUUAACUCGGACGGAGCUGCGAGUGCACGAAGCAGCCAAACAUCGAGGUGAAAAGCCGUUCGUGUGCGAGGAGUGUGGCCAUCGAGCGUCGAGCAGAAACGGCCUCCAAAUGCACAUCAAAGCUAUUCACAGAAACGAGCGGCCCUUCGUAUGCAACCUGUGUGGCCACGCCUUCUCUCAGAAGAACAACCUCAACAUGCAUCUGCGCAUACACAGUGGUGAGAGACCUUACCAGUGUCACCUCUGUGGGAAGACCUUCAGGACGCAAGCCAGUCUGGAUAAACACCACCGGACGCACACCGGCGAGCGUCCCUUCGGCUGUGAUGUCUGCGAGCAGCGCUUCACGGAGAAGGGUGCCCUCGUACGCCACAAGGCCAGCAAGCACGAGGAAGGCCGUCCACACUGCUGUCACAUAUGCGGCAAAACCUUCAAAGCGAGGGAGCAACUGCGCGUCCACCUGCGGCGUCACAAAGGGAUGAGGAAGUUCGAGUGCAAGGACUGCGGCUACAUGUUCACCCGAUAGGCACACCUGCGACGACACAGUCAGAUCCACAAACGCACCGAGAACUACAACCCACGGCAAAGGAAGCUGAGGAACGUGAUCGUGCAGGACGUGGAUGGAAGUCCUGGAGAGAGUGAAGCUGCUCAAGCAGCAGAGGCCUCGCUGAACGCCGAUGAGACAGACUAUGUCGCCGAGGCGGAUGUCGUGCGCAGCUCCACAAACCCGGAGUCCGCCCCCUCCACAGCCCUCGCCCCCGGCUGCAUAGUGAGGGUGGUGAUCGAGACGGGCGCUCCUCUGAUGGAGGAGGUGGGGUCCAACCAGAACCUGGGACACGUCGAGGCGGAUCCAGAGGGUUUCUCUGUGCCGGAGGUAACGCAGCUGGUCAGCGAGGCCUACGAGGCCACGAUGGACAUGGGGGGAAUCGUCGGGAAUUUAUCAGAUGGUAAGACCUGAGGACUGAGGACCACAGGAUGUGAGCAGAACCGCCUCCCUCCUUUCAACAUGGAACCAAUGCUAUUUAUUUAGAGGCUGCUGAUCCAAAGCCAGAUUCAGACCGCAUGAUUAAUUCUUGGUGUAAAUGAUGGCGAGGCGUAAAGCAUGUGGGCUUCCGGAUCUGAUUUUAAAGAACCUGCAUCAGAGCCAGAUACUGUUGAAUUUCCACAUACGCAAGGAAAGCAAAUGUAGUAAUUAAACUGCAUGCUUGAAUGAGAAAUAAUAAUUCCUAUCUGGUUUUAUUAAGCCUAAUUUAAUGAAUGUGCCUACAGCAGCUGGAGCUGAGUGUGACUCUUUGUUGCUGAAGGCAUUAGUUUGACAUUUAUCUUCACAAUCCAACCAGACAGCUCUGUUGCUAACAUACGGAAGAGCCUUAACAUUCUUAAUUUUUGUUGACAGCAGGUUUAUUACUGAGGUUGGUGGAGCAAUGUUGGGUUGAAAAGUGUUGCAAGAGGAAGAAAAAGUAGAAAUACUGGCAGAGCUCCUGGACUGCACAAGUAAUAGCAACUAAGAACGCAGAAUGCUUCUUAAUACGUUCGCUUUGCACGUGUUGAAAAGAUAAUUCCAAUUUAUUCUAAAGCUAUUAGAGCAAGUGUAAAUUGUUUAUCCUGUAAGAGUCAUUUUGGAUGGAGUUUUUUGGAAGGCUGCAGGAUAAAUAGGUGUAAACGUGUUUUUUUAACACAAGAUAUCUUGUUUCAUCAAAUAUCUGAAGUGGAAGUGAAGAAUGCAGAGUGAGCAUGAGUAAGUGAGCAAUACGAUAUGUUGGAAUAAAACUAGAAAGGAAAUGGUUUUGUCUGAUGAACACAUGUAUUCUGAUAGAUUGCAGACCAACGUAAUGUGGGCUUUCUUAUUACAAAAAUUAUUAUUUGUAUGUUACACACACAUUAAAGGUUUUUCUUUUCAUUCAAA